ACCUUCUGUGAUAAAAAAGACGUUUUUUCUGCAAUCAAUGAAUUGAUUUAAUUGAUACUGAUUUUAUGAUCAAUGUUUUUAUAUUAAAAUAUCACAGACCUAAGUAUUUAAUUAUUUCAUUAAAUUGGGUGUAAAAUAGCUACUUGAUGAGCCCACACAGUGAUCUAAUCUUAAAAUAGUAGUUCAAAAUUGUAAUAUAAACUUCAGAACAAAGACAAAUCACUAAAGUUGUAGAUGAAACUUGAUAUUUUAAUCAUUUGUUGUUUCGUGAUCUAUAUUGUUUCUUAACAGCAAAAAUGUCAGGAAACCUGUAAAGUGUCAAUAUGAUGGAAGUUGCGUUAUCAUAUUUCAAGAUUGAGGAUUAUCAGUAGAGCAUGGGCUAAAUGUUGAACGUUAUCAGAAUAUAUCGAAAAUAUUGAUAUUAUUAAACAGUCAAUAUUUUGUUGACGGAGGACAAUUUUUUUUUAUAUCAUAUGCAUAGAUUCAAGUAUAUGACAUAAUGGCAAAUAUAUCAGCAUAUUAUGCAUCGCGGGAUUACACAAUGCCUGCCAUUGACCGGCGUAUUUCUGAUUUACUCAAGAGGAGAAUCGGAGCCCAGGAAGGUUUGCCUACAGAGAGUAUGAAGGAACGCCUGGCAAAGUAUAAAGAAAAUCGCAAUGCAAGGCAAGCACUAUUGAAAACAACGCACCAGCAUGUUUUGGAAAUGGUUGCAUAUAUUUUGAACACAGAUCCAGGUCUUCUGGAGGAAGGCAUUCUUGAUAAAGACGAAUAUGUGAAUACCUUCAGUAGUUUCUUUGUGGAAGGCGGCAGACAAGCAAUAGUAAUAUACUAUCAAAUGAUGCCUCCUCCGCCCCUUGAGUCUGGUCGAUGGAGUGCGGUACUUGCAAAAGAGCAGGAGGUAUUGCGUUGUUGUGUGACAGAUGGAUCUACUGAUAAAUUCUGUGGCAAAUGUGUCAUCGUCUAUCGUUGUAGAUCUAACGUUGAUUUCGAAAUGAAACAAUUACUCGAAGAAACGUACUAUGCAUAUGCAGAGGUUGAUCCUGUAUCUAAAAGUGCACUAGCUGGUAUAUCUGAACUCGUAUCUCGAUUGAAUGAGCCAGCUAUAUCGUCGAACACACUUUGGGGUGAAUUGAAUAAGAGUGAAGCUGGUCAAAAAAUAAAACAGAAUUUUAUAGGAGACUUUAAAGAUUUCUGCGAAUUUUUGUCGAUGACAAAACUCGACUUGGAAGGUGCUAUAAAAUUUGACGUUAAUUGGACACUGUAUAACGAAUAUCUAUCAACACCAGAAAGUGUUAUGAACAACACGAAAAAUGCAGAAGUUGUUCUUGAAGUCGAGAACAAUGUAAGAACUUGGAUGACGAGUAUGGAACAUGCAAUAGUUGAAAGUCAGCAACUAAGAAGAGAAACUGAAACUGUCGGACCAACAGCAGAACUCAUCUAUUGGCGAAGAAUUCUGGCCCAAUUUUCUUCUAUUGUCGAACACAUUAAGUCUCAGCAUACUCAAAUGUUCAUUCAGUUAUUAAUUCACUCAAAAUCUAAGCUCGUCAAGAAAUGGAAAAAAUUGGACAGCCACGUUACCACAGUACAAAUUUUAUCCCAAGACAAUGUCAAGUAUUUAUAUGCAUUGGAAAAAUUCACCCAGCCUUUGUACCGAUUGGAUCCAACUAAAAUUGGUGAUUAUUUGCCAAGUCUAAUGUAUGCCAUAAGAAUGAUUUACGCAACAUCACGGUUUUUCAAUACCAGGCGAAUGGUAACAGCAGUUUUCGUGAAGAUGACCAACCAGAUGAUUUUAUCAUGCAAAGCUUAUUUGACUGAGAAUGGCACAAUCAAUGUAUGGAAUGAUGAAAAAAAAUCAAUCAUAUCAAGGAUCACGGACUGCAUUAAUUUGUACCAAUGUUAUCAUGACUGCUAUGAUGAAAUGCGCAAAAAAGUUAAAGCAUGCCCAGAUGAGAAACCAUUCGAAGUAUCCGAAAUGUAUGUGUUCGGAAAAUUCAAUACCUUCAAAAUAAGAUUAAAUAAGCUGAUUGAUGUUCUACAAACAACACUUACAUAUUCUAUAUUACAUAGUUCCACUAUUGAGGGAAUCGAUGUUUUCGCCCAAAAGUUCACAAAUUUCUUUAAGAAAAUCGCAAGUCAGCAAUACGACCCAUUAGAUCAUAGAAAAUCUUAUUUUGACCCUGACUAUGAUGAGUUUAAAAGGAACGUUAUCGAAACAGAAAUUGAAUUGCGAGAAUUCUUUUUUAAAACUGUAUCGGAAGCUCCUAAUAUUUUUCAAGCUCUGCGCUUAGUAGGCAGGUUCCAAAAACUGUGUUUUCGGCGUUUGCGAAUUGAUCGCAAAUACUUGGAGCUUGUGACAUCUUUUCAACGGGAAAUUGAAGAAACUCGAGAUAGGUACAAUGAAGAUAGAUUAGAUCCCCCAUUGCCAUGGAAUGUCCCUCCUGUAUCGGGCAGAAUAUAUUGGAUUCGGCAGUUGUAUAAACGUAUCGAAAAUGCAAUGGGGAUAUAUAAGACUAGACCUCGGGUGAUCGCGCAUGAAAGAAUGCAAAAGUGCAUAAAAGUAUACAAUGCAUUGAUCAGUGUCUUCAUUCAUUAUGAAAUGAUAUAUCAUAAAGCAUGGUACGACAGUGCUGACAUUGUCAGAUUGGCUUUAUCCUCACCAUUGCUUAUACGCCACCCAAAAACGAAUAAGUACUGUUUAAAUUUUGAUCCUUAUAUCAAAGAAGUAAUCCAAGAAUCUGAACACAUGUCUAAUUUCGGAUUGAGUGUACCAGAUUUUAUUCAAAUAAUAACAUUCUGUAAAGAAAAACUUUUCUCGUCUCAUGAAACUGUCAAAAAGAUGGUUGAACUAAACAAUGCUCUCAGGCGUUCAGUUCCAAUACUUUUCUUGAAUAUGAUAAAACCAAGUUUUGUGAAGCUUGAAACUGCUUUUCAACCUUGUUUGUCCGUCGUUACAUGGGCAUCACUGAAAGUUCCACAAGUGUGCGCAGAUAUAAAAAAUGUUAUAACUGAAGUCGAAACUGUGAUUAAAGAAAUCAAAGAUAUGAAAGAAGCACGGAUUGAUGAAGUCUUUGAAUCUAUAUCAGAGACUAAGCUCAUUCAACUGUAUAAUUUUCCAACAUCGCCUGAAAAAUUUUCAUCAGAUAAUUUAGCUUUUCGGAACAUGAUGGCAGUUGAACUAGAAAUUAAGUCUGCAGCGGCUGAAAAAGUUGUUAUUACUAUUAUUAACAAAUUCAUGGCAAUGAUAACUGAUCCAAGUAUUGACAAUGUUAAAUAUGAUUGGAUGGACCCAGACAAAGUAACAAAGCAAGUCGGAUCGCAAACAAAAUUAAUUAAAGGACCAUUUGAACCAGGAUUCGGACACAUUGACAGAAGUACUAAAAUUAAUAUUGAACAUCUACAGAAUGAUUGUAUGGAAUUAUUUGCAUAUUUCAAUUGCAAACUGAUAGAAGCGUUAGUUAAAACUACGAAAAGCUCCCUGGAUCUGUUAAAGAAGAGAGUGGGCAGUUCUAGUGUCUUGCUUCGAGAAAAUAUAGAAGGUGGUGAAGUCCCGCUGAUGGAAACACAAUUCGUUUUACAAAUACCAAAUGUCAUCAUAGUUCCUCCAAUAGAUGAAUUACAACUCCAUUUCAAUAGAGUCAUUACAAACCUAAUAGGAACCCAUAAAAGUAUAGUGAUGUGGGGUCAACGAUAUUCUGCUAUUCCAAGACGCCGUAACACACUUGGAAUUGAUAUAGAGGACAACUCUACGAAAUCUCUGUUGAAAAAUUACCAUUCAAGUGUAGCUGAUCAUAAGGAAAUAAUUCGUAUUUCAAUGAGCUUACAAGGUGCAAUAUUCAUGUUAAAAGAUGAUAUUGCUAUCCAAGGUAACUCUUAUCUGCGCUAUGCAUAUGUUUGGGCUGAAGACAGAGUGGAACAAAUUCAAAGUUUUGUUGAUGCUGACCCUAUAACCCAGGUAAUACGGGAAAAAUUGAGAGAAUAUGAUGACUUAUGUACAGAAAUAAUGGAGUUACCAGACCACCAUAUUAUUGGACCUAUACAAAUCAAUAUGGAUAAAUUGAAGCUCGCUUUGUUGGUUGAAGCUAAAGCAUGGAAAUCAACUUUGGGAAAGAUAUUGUCUACUACUUACAAGGCUAAAUUACAAAGAAUAACGGAGUAUGUUAAUGAUAAAAAGAAAGUUCUCUCUCGGAAUAUCAAAGAUUUGGAGGAUGUGCGCGUUGCAAUGAAAUGUCUUGGGGAGAUUCGGGAUGAUUUCAUAUCGUUAGACAUGGAACUAAUUUUAAUUGAAGAAACUUAUGCUCUGUUAGCAAAGUUUAAUAUAGAUGUAACUAAAGAAGAGUCCGAGACGGUUGACAGUCUUCGAUAUAAUUUCACUAAUAUGUUAUCCACAGCCAAGCAUGUACAAGGAACAAUCUGUGAAAUGCAAGAACCGCUAAAGCAAGAACUGAUUGACGGAGUUGCUGUGUUCAAAAACGAUGUAUUGGAGUUUGAUAUAGAUUUUGAACAGAAUGGUCCAAUGGUUGAAUCAAUCCCAGCAAAAGAAGCCAGCGAUCGCGUCAUACUAUUCCAAGCUCGUUUCGAUGAAUUGUGGGAAAGAUAUGAAACAUAUAGUAAUGGAGAAACUCUGUUUGGAAUGGCUGUAACAGAAUAUCCAAUUUUACUACAACGGAAGAAAGAAUUCAAUUUAUUACAAAAGCUAUACGGAUUGUAUUUACAAGUCAUGCGAGCUAUUGAUGGUUAUUUUGAAAUACCUUGGGCUGAAAUCGAUACCGAAAUCAUAAUUGCCGAAUUAGCUGAAUUUCAGAACAAAUGCCGCAAAUUGCCCAAAGGCAUGAAGGAUUGGCCUGCAUUUAUUGACUUGAAGAAAAAAAUUGACGAUUUCAAUGAGACUUGUCCACUGUUAGAGUUGAUGGCAAAUAAAGCAAUGAAAGACCGUCACUGGGAGAGAAUGUCAAAAACAUGUAACUACUUUUUUGAUGUUGAAUCAGAAUCAUUCACAUUAGCAAACGUAAUGGAAGCACCACUUUUGAAGCACAAAGAUGAAGUAGAGGAUAUCUGUAUCAGUGCAGUUAAAGAAAAGGACAUAGAAAGCAAAUUGAAACAAGUUAUUGCCGAUUGGUCAAUAGUGAACUUACAGUUUUCAAACUUCAAGCAGCGAGGGGAGCUGCAAUUAAAAGGAACGGAGACUGGUGAAAUAAUAGCCCAACUUGAAGAUAGCUUGAUGAUUAUUAGCUCGUUAAUGGCUAAUCGUUACAAUGCUCCUUUUAAAAAAGAAAUCCAAUUGUGGCAGUAUAAAUUGAGUAACACCUCAGAAAUAUUAUCAAAGUGGAUAAAUGUGCAAAACCUAUGGGCUUAUCUGGAAGCUGUUUUUAUUGGUGGAGAUAUAUCAAAGCAGUUACCUGCUGAAGCUAAAAGAUUCAGUAGUAUCGAUAAGUCUUGGGUUAAAUUGAUGUACCGUGCUCAUGAGAAACUCAAUGCAGUGGAGACAUGUACUGGUGAUGAAACAAUGGGCCAGUUCUUACCACAUCUGUUAGAACAAUUAGAAUCUUGUCAAAAAUCCUUGAGCGGGUACUUAGAAACGAAGCGGGUGACUUUCCCAAGAUUCUGCUUUAUAUCAGACCCGAGUUUACUGGAAAUUCUUGGCCAAGCUGCAGAUUGCCAUACGAUACAAAAAUAUUUGGACGGAUUUUUCGAUAAUGUUGGAAGACUAGAAUUCCAUGAAAAAGAAUACGAGAAGAUUGUUGCAAUAUUAUCCAGAGAAAACGAAAAAGUUAUUCUUGAAAAGGAAGUGACAUGCACUGGAGGAGUAGAGAAUUGGUUAAAUUCUCUUUUGAAAAUGCAUCAACAAUCUGUAGGAAGUGUUAUAGCACAGGGACUGCAGCUUCUCAAUAAUCCUGAUACUGAAAUUUUGCAAUUAAUCGAUAAUUCAGUAUUACAAGUCGGUUUAGUAGCUGUUCAAGUUUCAUGGACUCGAGACGCUGAAAUAGCUAUGAUAUCAGCUAAGAGAGAUAAAUACGUUAUGAAAAAAACUAAUCAAUGGUUUCUGGAUCUACUCAAUGGCCUUAUUGAAGUAACUAUAAAAGAUCUUACUAAGUACGCAAGAGCAAAGUAUGAAGCUUUAAUAACUAUACAUGUUCAUCAAAGAGAUAUCUUCGAUGAGUUAUGUCGGCUCAGAAUUCGAAAUAUUCAAGACUUUGAAUGGCUUAAACAAGCUAGAUUUUACUUUGAUGAGGAAUCAGAAGAAGUUCCAAUUAGAAUCACUGACGUAGACUUCACAUAUCAAAACGAAUUUUUGGGCUGUACAGAUCGACUCGCUAUUACGCCAUUGACGGAUAGAUGCUAUAUAACCCUUGCUCAGGCUGUUGGAAUGAACUUUGGGGGGGCUCCGGCUGGCCCAGCCGGUACUGGGAAAACUGAGACCACUAAAGACAUGGGGAAAGCUUUAGGCAAAUAUGUCGUGGUAUUCAACUGCUCAGAUCAAAUGGAUUUCCGAGGUCUUGGUCGUAUUUUCAAGGGUCUCGCCCAAGCGGGUGCGUGGGGAUGCUUUGACGAAUUCAAUCGGAUCGAUUUACCUGUUUUAUCCGUUGCGGCACAACAAAUAGCUAUUGUUUUAACAGGUAGAAAAGAAAAGAGGUCCACAUUUCUUUUUAGUGAUGGUGAGACUUACAGCAUUGACUAUGAAUUUGGAUUAUUCAUAACAAUGAAUCCUGGUUAUGCUGGUCGUCAAGAACUGCCAGAAAAUUUGAAAAUACAAUUCAGAAGUGUUGCAAUGAUGGUUCCAGAUAGACAAAUAAUAAUGCGUGUCAAACUUGCUGCAUGCGGAUUUAAAGAAAAUUUGCUCUUGUCACGGAAGUUUUUCACGUUAUAUAAAUUAUGUGAGGAACAGCUGAGCAAGCAGGUCCAUUAUGAUUUUGGAUUACGGAAUAUAUUGUCCUGUCUUCGGACUCUUGGAGCUCAAAAACGAGCUCACCCUGGAGAGUCAGAAGAAACUACUCUAAUGAGAGUGUUAAGAGAUAUGAAUCUAUCGAAGCUAGUUGAUGAGGAUGAACCUUUGUUCAUGUCAUUGAUUGAAGAUAUGUUCCCAGGAAUUAAAUUAACUACACAAACAUACAAAGACCUCCAAAAAGGAAUUGCUAAUGCAGCAUCUGCACUUGGCAUAAUGAAUCACGCGGAGUGGAAUUUAAAAGCUGUUCAGUUAUAUGAAACUUCACUCGUUCGACAUGGUCUGAUGGUUCUUGGACCAACUGGAUCUGGGAAAACACGUUGUAUGUGGGCCUUAAUGCGAGCACUGACUGACACAGGUUCACCACAUAAGGAAGUUAGAAUGAAUCCCAAGGCUAUAACAGCUUCCCAAAUGUUUGGAAGACUAGAUGUUUCAACAAACGAUUGGACAGAUGGAAUAUUUUCUACCCUGUGGCGGAGAUCUACACAAAUUAAAAAAACAGACAACUUAUGGAUUGUAUUAGAUGGUCCGGUCGAUGCGGUUUGGAUUGAAAACUUGAACUCUGUCCUGGAUGAUAAUAAAACACUAACUCUGGCUAAUGGUGAUCGUAUUAUAAUGGCCCCAAAUAGCAAGCUGGUAUUUGAGCCAGAUAAUGUUGAUAAUGCAUCACCAGCAACUAUUUCACGAAUGGGAAUGGUAUUUGUCAGUGCAUCGGUCUUGCAAUGGACUCCAUUUUUAGAGGGAUGGUUUAAACAACGCCAGUCGUAUGAAAUAGAAGUGUUACGACCACUGUUUCAAAAAUUGUAUGGAGAUGCACAUACUUUUGUACAAACCAAACUGCAUGCUAAAAUGACUCUGUUGGAGGCAAUUUACAUCAGACAGUGUACGAAUUUACUUGAAGGAUUGCUCAGCCACGACGUGGAUCCAACAAAAAUAUUAUCUGAACAACAUCUUGAAAAAUUAUUUCUUUUCUCCGUAAUGUGGAGUUUGGGUGCAGUGCUUGAGCUUGACGAUAGAGCAGCAUUGGAAGAGUUUUUAGUAUUACACGAAUCCAAGUGCGAUUGGCCAAAAUGCAUGGAAAAGGAGGAUGAGACAAUAUUUGAAUAUUUAGUAUCUGAAAAAGGGAAAUGGAUUCAUUGGAACAGUCGAGUUCCGAAAUUCGAAUAUCCUGAUGAUGCUGUUCUGGACUAUUACACUAUUCUCGUACCGAACGUCGAUAAUGUUAGAACUGCUUACCUCAUAGAUCUUAUAGCAAAACAAGAGAAGGCAGUACUUCUAAUUGGAGAACAAGGGACUGCAAAAACGGUUAUGAUUAAAAGUUACAUGGCAAGACAUGACCCAGAAUAUCAUUUGAAUAAAUUUUUCAAUUUCUCCUCUGCAUCUACUCCCAACAUGGUACAGCGUAUUUUCGAAAGUUACGUUGAAAAACGAGUUGGAAGCACAUAUGGUCCACCUGGUGGAAGAAAAAUGAGUAUUUUUAUUGACGAUAUCAAUAUGCCGGUGAUAAAUGAAUGGGGUGAUCAAAUCACAAACGAAAUAGUGCGUCAACUAAUGGAAUGUGGGGGAUUCUAUUCUCUGGACAAACCUGGAGAAUUUUCUAUAAUUCAGGAUAUUAUGCUCCUGGCUGCUAUGAUUCACCCAGGAGGUGGGCGCAAUGAUGUUCCCCCUCGCUUGAAGAGACAGUUUUGUAUAUUUAACUGUACUCUGCCAUCAAAUAAAUCUAUGGAUACUAUUUUUAGUUCGAUUGGACAGGGAUAUUUUUGUGAGAGCAGAUUUUCACACAUUAUUGUGAAUUUCCUCCCAAAACUGAUACCUUUGACGCGUGUGUUAUGGCAGCAAACUAAAAUAAAAAUGUUACCCACACCGGCCAAGUUUCAUUAUGUGUUCAACUUGCGAGAUCUUUCACGAAUCUGGGAAGGAAUAUUACGCAUAGAAGGAGCAGAGUGUGAUUCUAUUAAAAUGAUGUUGAAGUUAUGGGAUCAUGAGUGCACACGUGUCAUAUCUGAUCGAUUCACAAAUUUUCCUGAUAAAGAGUGGUUCAAAAGUACUAUGCGCAAGACAGCAGAAAAGUUGUUGGGAACAGAUUACAAACAUUAUUCAGGUGUCGAAACCUACUUCGUCAAUUUUUUACGAGAGGCUCCUGAUCCAACCGGUGAUGAACCUGAGGAUUUCGUCAUUGAAACACCUAAAAUAUACGAGGAAAUACCAAGCUACGAAUUUGUCAUUGCAAAAGUGCACCAAAAUAUGGACCUAUUCAAUGAAUAUGUCCGUGGCAUGACGCUUGAUAUGGUAUUCUUUCAUGAUGCUCUGGUGCAUUUGAUAAGAAUAUCAAGAAUUCUUGGAGUCCCAAGAGGGAAUGCAAUGCUUGUUGGCGUAGGAGGGUCAGGGAAACAAAGUUUGACACGUCUUUCAUCCUUUAUAGCUGGAUUCAAUUUCUUCCAAAUAACAUUAACAAGGAGUUAUAAUGUCGGUAGUUUGAUGGAUGACUUGCGCAAAUUAUAUCGGGAUGCAGGCACAGGUCCUAAGGGGUUGACAUUUAUAUUCACUGACAACGAAAUCAAAGAUGAAGCAUUCCUUGAAUACCUGAAUAAUGUACUCAGCGUCGGUGAAAUAGCAAAUUUAUUUGCAAAAGAUGAAUUGGAUGAAAUUUUAACCAAUAUAGUACCAUUGAUGAAAAAAGAGGACCCAAAGAGACCACCGACACAGGAUAAUCUCUACGACUUUUUUAUAUCACGUGCUCGAAAUAAUUUGCAUGUGGUUCUAUGUUUUUCACCAGUGGGAGAAAAAUUCAGGUCCAGGUCUCUGAAAUUUCCCGGGCUUAUAUCUGGCUGCACAAUGAAUUGGUUCACCAAGUGGCCCAAGGAUGCAUUAUGUGCAGUAAGCGAACAUUUCUUGGGCAACUUCAAAAUAAUUUGUACCCCCGAAAUCAAACUGCAAAUAAUUCAAGUAAUGGGUGAUGUGCAAGACGAUGUUGCUGACACCUGUGUAGAAUAUUACAAUAGGUUCCGUCGGCAAUCGUACGUGACACCAAAAUCAUUUUUAUCAUUUAUUGGUGGAUACAAAAUAAUAUAUAAACAGCGCUUGGACAACAUCAAUUCACUUGCUUUUGGCAUGAGUAAUGGGCUCAGUAAAUUAGUUGAUGCUACAGCACAAGUAGAUGACUUGCGUUUGGUGCUGGAAAAAAAUCAAGCGGAAAUAGCUGUAUCAAAUGCUCAAGUAGAAGAAAUUUUAGUUCAUGUCGAUGAGAAGAAGCGAGAGGCUGAAACAAUAAAGGCACAAGUUCAAAUUUCCAAGGAUGCAGCUGAGGCUCUGUUGAAAAUAAUUGCCAAAGAAAGAGCUAACGCAGAAGUUAAACUAAGAGCAGCUGAACCUGCUCUCGCUGAAGCAGAAUCAGCACUGCAGACUAUCAAAGGAAGUGAUAUCUCUACAGUACGAAAGUUGGGAAAACCUCCAUAUCUCAUCACCCUUAUUAUGGACUGCGUCUUGAUUUUAUUUGGGAAACGUUUGGAACCAGUCAAACCAGAUACAGAGAAACAAUUUUUAGUGCCUUCAUGGGGUGAAGCUUUAAAGGUCAUGGCUGAUACGCGCUUCUUAUUCAACUUGCAAAAUUUCCCAAAGGAUAACAUUAAUGGCGAAACUGUUGAUCUAAUGCGACCCUAUCUAAACUUUCAUAUGUAUACAUAUGAAGCAGCUAAACAGGCUUGUGGAAAUGUUGCUGGAUUGAUUCAAUGGACUAUUUCAAUGGUUACAUUUUAUUCUGUGAACAAAGAUGUGCUUCCUUUGAAAGCUAAUUUAGCCAUACAACAAGGGAAGCACGAUACAGCUAAUCGAAAUUUGGCGGAAGCUGAAAAACUUUUGAAAGCCAAAGAUGAAGAUUUGAAAGUAGUGCAAAAGGAAUACGACUUUGCUAUGAGUGAGAGACAAAAAGUUGUUGACCAAGCUGCUGCAUGUCAAGCAAAAAUGGAUACCGCAACAGCUAUGAUUGACGGUUUAUCUGGAGAAAGAAUACGGUGGACAGAUCAAUUAGCAACGUUUAAAUCAGAAAGAGAGAGAAUUGUCGGUGACGUUCUUGUUUUAACAGGAUUUUUAUCUUAUUGUGGCCCGUUCAACCAAGAAUUUCGAAUCCUUUUGCAAAAGAAGUGGUUCGAGUUUCUACAUAGCCGAAAGAUUCCCGUUUCAGUGACCAUCAACAUCGUAGAUUCAUUAACAGAUUCAGCUACGACAGGAGAAUGGAAUCUUCAAGGUCUACCUAAUGAUGAACUUUCUAUACAAAACGGUAUAAUAGUUACAAAAUCUACCAGAUAUCCACUACUGAUCGAUCCACAAUUACAAGGCAAGUCAUGGAUAAAAAAUAAAGAAAAAGACUUCGAAUUACAGGUGACACUACUUUCUCUGAAGUACUUCAGAACUCACGUAGAGGAUUGUGUCUCCCUUGGACGUCCAUUACUCAUAGAAGAUGUAUCAGAAGAGCUGGAUCCAGUAUUAGAUAAUCUAUUAGAAAAAAACUUUAUAAAAAUUGGCUCCUCGUUAAAGGUGAAACUUGGGGACAAAGAAGUAGAUGUUAAUGAUCAUUUUAGACUUUAUAUAACGACCAAGCUUCCAAAUCCAUCUUACACUCCGGAAAUCUCUGCACGUACUUCCAUAAUUGACUUUACCGUCACACAGAAAGGAUUAGAAGAUCAGCUCUUAGGAAGAGUUAUAUUAACUGAGAAACGGGAGCUAGAAAACGAGCGAACACAGCUAAUUACAGAUGUGACCAGUAAUAAACGGAAGAUAAAGGAGCUGGAAGAAAAUUUGCUUCAAAAGUUGACAACUGUGCAGGGAUCGCUCAUAGAAGAUGUGGAAUUGAUGUCGGUAUUAAAUUCUACAAAACAAACUGCAGCAGAAGUAAACGAAAAACUGAACAUUGCUAGGGACACAGAAGUUAAAAUAAAUGCAGCCCGAGAAGAAUUCAGGCCUGUAGCCACACGUGGCAGUGUUUUAUACUUCUUAGUGUGCGAUAUGGCUCAAGUGAAUUGCAUGUAUCAAACUGCACUGACUCAAUUUUUAGAACGCUUUGAUAUUUCCAUGGCUAGAUCAGAAAAGAGUCCAAUCAACCAGAGGAGAAUCAAUUUUAUAAUAGAAUAUCUCACCUUCGAAAUUUGUAAAUAUAAAGCUCGUGGGCUUUAUGAAAAUCAUAAGUACAUGUUCGUUUUACUGAUGACAUUGAAAAUUGAUUUACAAAGGGGGGCCAUCAGCUACGAAGAAUUUCAAUAUUUCAUAAAAGGCGGUGCAGCACUUGAUUUGAAUGCAGUAGCACCAAAGCCCUGCAAGUGGAUUACUGAUAUGACAUGGUUGAAUUUGGUAGCGCUUUCAGGAUUAAGACAGUUCCAAUAUAUAGUAUCGCAGGUUCCUGCAUCUGAAAAAGUUUGGAAGUAUUGGUUUGACAAAGAGGCACCUGAAGAAGAAGUAAUUCCAGAUGGCUAUAACACAUUGGACACCUUCCGACGUCUACUUAUGAUUAGAGCAUGGUGUAUGGAUCGAACGUUAACACAAUCCCGCAAGUAUAUUGCUUCUUCUUUGGGACCUAAAUAUGCGGAACCAGUAAUUACACUUUGGGAUAUUAUGCACGCAGAAUCUCGGCCAAAUACUCCAAUGGUUUGCUUUUUGAGCAUGGGAUCAGAUCCUACUCCAAGCAUUGAACAACUUGCAAAAAAAAUGGACAUCGUUUGCAAGAGUAUUUCGAUGGGACAGGGUCAAGAAGUUCAUGCUCGAAAAUUAAUGAACAGUGCAAAAACUGAAGGCUUCUGGGCACUGUGUCAAAAUUGCCACUUGGGUUUGGAAUACAUGGCUGAACUAGUCAACUUUAUAACAGAUAUGGAAUCAUCGCAUCCAGACUUUCGAAUAUGGAUUACCACUGAACCACAUAAUGAUUUUCCUAUUUCUCUCUUGCAAAUGUCAAUUAAGUUCACUAAUGAACCACCCCAAGGUAUUCGCGCUGGACUCCUUGCGACUUAUAGUGGCAUGAGUCAGGACAUGUUGGAUCAGUGUGAUGUUGCACAAUAUAUACCGUUAAUUUACGCAGUCUCGUUUCUACAUACUGUUGUUCAAGAACGUCGGAAAUUUGGACCUCUUGGUUGGAAUAUACCAUAUGAAUUUAAUUCUGCCGAUUGGCUAGCAUCUUGUAUGUUCAUGAACAAUCAUUUCAACGAUUAUGAUGCCAAACGUGGUAUAAGCUGGUCUACUGUCCGGUACAUGAUCGGGGAAGUUCAAUACGGUGGUCGGGUCACAGACGAUUAUGAUAAAAGACUUCUGAAUACGUUUGCGAAGGUAUGGUUUUUUGAAGGAAUGUUUAACGAGGGAUUCGUUUUCCAUAAAGGCUAUCCAAUUCUUUGGUACAAAUUAGUUUCUGAAUAUUUGAAAGCCAUUGAGGCCAUGGCACCAAUAGAUCCACCGCAAGCAUACGGUCUACAUUCAAAUGCUGAUAUCACUCACCAGAGUAGUGCUACUCAAGAUGUGUUGGAUACCAUCACUUCGGUACAGCCCAAAGAAUCUGGUGGUGGAGGUGGUGAGUCUAGAGAAUCUGUGGUGAUGAAGCUGGCUAAAGAAAUGUUGGAUAAAUUACCUCCUGACUAUGAUCCGUUUCAAGUGAAAGAAAGACUAAAAAUGAUGGGUCAUACUGCCUCCAUGAAUAUUUUCCUGAAACAAGAGAUAGAUCGCAUGCAAAAAGUUAUUAAAUUAGUCCGAGUAAUGUUAAAAGAUCUAGUCCUGGCUCUAGAGGGUAUUAUAAUUAUGAAUGAGAUGCUAAGGGAUGCUCUGGAUAAUAUAUUUGAUGCCCGAGUCCCCAAACUGUGGAAAGACAAAUCUUGGGAAUCCUCUACAAUAGGAUUUUGGUUUACAGAAUUACUAGAACGAAAUCAGCAAUUUUCGACUUGGAUCUUCACUGGUCGGCCUUGCCAGUUUUGGAUGACAGGAUUUUUCAAUCCACAAGGUUUUUUGACUGCAAUGAAGCAAGAAGUGACCCGAGCUCAUCCUGGGUGGGCUUUAGAUAAUGUCACUUUGCACAACGAAGUCACACGACAUACCCGCGAAGAAACACGAGUUCCUCCUCUUGAAGGAGUUUAUGUCUAUGGGCUUUACUUGGAAGGAGCUGGAUGGGACAAAAGAAAUAACAAAUUGUGCGAAGCUGCAAAUAAAGUAUUGUGUGUACUCAUGCCAGUUAUACACAUUUUUGCACUAUAUAAUAUACCAGACAAAAGUCCAAAAUUGUAUCAGUGUCCUGUGUACAAGAAACCAAUGCGAACAUAUAUUUUAUUGGUUACUCCUCUUUGGCUUCAAACAUCUAGGCCACCAGACUUCUGGGUAAUGCGAGGGACUGCUUUGCUGUGUGACGUCAAAUAAUUCAACGAUAUCUUAG